ACAGCCUGUACCUCUGAUGCAGAGGAUGCAGACGUGGAUGGCAGAGCAAAUAUCCUCAAGGGCUGGUGUCUUCUGGAGCUUUGAAAACUUUGGCUUUCCUGGAAUGAAAGCAGUGAAAUAGUUAAAGACUUGAAGAGGUUGUCACGUGCUCUUGUUUGGGGCAAUGUCCACUUACACCCCACUGGGACUCUCAGUCUGGACUUCGUUGUGAUGGUGCCUGAAGCAGUGAGCCCACCUGAGACAAGGCUGAAGAAUGAUAUCUGUGGCUUGAUGUGUGGUUACCUUUGAUCUUGCCUGGCAAGCAAGCAAAGAGGAGACAAAGAAAGAAAAACAAACAAGGAAAAACUAAAUCCCUGGCACACUGACUCAGCAGCUUUCACACUGUAAGCUUUGGACUGUACACACAGCUUCUGCACCUUACCUUCGUGUCAUCUUUCAGCCUGUCAGUAAGUCCUUCCACUAGCACUAUGAGCACAAAAGCCAACUCUGCAGGUAUGGAAGGAGCCUCAGGAAUGAAGAGCAAGACCCUGGAGGAGAGCAACCACUUAGGAGAGGUCCAGAGGAAACAAGUGAUCCUGGUUACCUACCUGAUUACAACCCUAGACCUGACCUUUGUCUUCAUGCAGCUGGGAAUCAUGCCUUACUUGGCAAAGAGCCUGGGUUUGGACUCACUGGGGUUUGGCUACCUCCAGACAACCUUUGGUGUCCUCCAGCUUGUGGGAGGUCCCAUUUUUGGAAGGUUUGCAGAUCAGUUUGGUACCCGAGCAGCCUUAAUUCUUUCCUGCGCAUCUGGAACUGUCUUCUUCCUGCUCACAUCCAUUUCCACCAGCAUCCCCCUCCUCUUCCUCUCCAAGGUGCCAGGACUGUUCAUGCAUGGGCUACCAGGUGCUCAGAAGGUUAUUACAGAUCUGACUGCUCCUUCCCAGCGUGCUGCUGCUUUGGGGAGGCUGGGGUUUUGCUUUGGAAUAGGCAUCAUCAUCGGCUCUGCUGUGGGAGGUGUCCUCUCCACCAAAUUUGGUGUUUUUGUUCCCAUAUAUGUUGGGCUGGUGGGGAGUCUCAUAAAUACCAUGAUAGCAAUGGCUUGGAUCCCUUCACAGACUAAACCCAAGUCAGGCCAUGAUGUGACGGAGCAGAGCACAUCACAGUCUGGCGGCGUGUUUAGCAUGAGAGAAAUCCUGCGCCUGAUGAAGUUUCCAGGAGUAAUGGAAAUUUUCAUAAUCAAGGUCUUUGCUGGACUUCCCAUAGGUUUGUUCAUGAUUAUGUUUUCCAUCAUUUCUAUGGAUUUCUUUGGCUUGGAAGCAGUGGAGUCUGGAUACCUGAUGUCGUAUUUUGGUGUCCUUCAAAUGGUGGUCCAGGGCCUGGUCGUUGGAACACUCACUAACCACUGCACGGAGAAGACUCUGCUCAGGCUCAGCAUUUUUGUCUUUGCUAUUGUAGGCCUAGGCAUGGCCCUGAUGAGGACAGUGUGGCACUACUGCAUCAUUGCAGUGCCGCUGGUGUUCGCCUUCAGCAUGCUGGCCACCAUCACCGACAGCAUCCUUACCAAGGCUGUCCCCUCCUCUGACACUGGUACCAUGCUUGGAAUUUGUGCCUCGGUGCAGCCCUUGACCCGGACGGUUGGCCCCACCAUCGGUGGAGUUUUAUACAAAGAGUUUGGAGUCUCCUCCUUUGGCUAUUUACAGCUAGUUGUUAAUGUAGGUUUGUUUGUUUACCUCUUAAAGAGUAAAGUCCCACUGGGUGAGACAAAAAGCCAGUAAUUUGGAUGCAAGAGAGUAACCCCUUCACUUUUCCCACAGAGAUGUUCACAA